CGGCACUCAACUUACAGAACUGGCUUCUUGGAUUUCGGCAGUGUUUCCCAUUUAAACAAACAGUGCUGAAGAUGGCGGAGAGUUAAUGGUGUAAAGAAAUUAUCGACCCGGUACAGGGAUACGUCUAUCAGAUUCCAUAGGACACCCCCCUCCCUCUGUGAAGUGAGAGGGGUAGGAUCUGAGCGGCCAUCUUUGAGACAAGCUGCUGAUAUGUGCGCAGGAUGAGCGGGCUGGGGGACAACUCCAUGGAGCCUCUGAGCUCCGAGAACAGGAAGCGCAAACUGUCCACGUGUGACACGCCUGGACUCGGGUGCGAGAGGAAGCGGCGGGAGCAGGAGAGUAAAUACAUCGAGGAGCUGGCUGAGCUGAUCUCUGCAAACCUCAGCGACAUCGACAGUUUCAACGUCAAACCCGACAAAUGUGCCAUCCUCAAGGAGACCGUCAGGCAGAUCAGGCAGAUCAAAGAGCAGGGCAAAGCUACGUCCAGUGAUGACGAUGUGCAGAAGUCAGAUGUGUCAUCCACAGGUCAGGGGGUCAUUGACAAGGAUCAUCUGGGGCCGCUCUUGUUGCAGGCCCUGGACGGCUUCUUGUUUGUGGUGAAUCGUGAGGGAAACAUUGUAUUUGUGUCGGACAAUGUGACGCAGUAUCUUCAGUACAGACAGGAGGAGCUCAUCAACACCAGUGUGUACAACAUCCUCCAUGAAGAAGACAGGGAGGAGCUGCACAAGAACCUGCCCAAGACCAACCUGAAUGGAGUGUCGUGGGGCGGAGAUGCAGCGCGGCAGAAGAGCCACACCUUCACCUGUCGGAUGCUGGUGAAGUUUGGCCACGCCCAUGGCCCGAUGGAGGAGGGGCACGGAGGACCCCUGUAUGAGACCAUGCAGUGUUUCGCUCUGACCCAGCCUAAAGCCAUGAUCGAGGAGGGGGAAGACUUACAGUCAUGUAUGAUCUGUGUGGCUCGACGAGUGACAGCGAUGGAGAGAACCGAGAGCUUCAACACUCGACACGAGCUGUCAGGUAAACUCAUUCAGAUCGACCAAAACUCGUUGAGAGCCUCCAUGCGGCCGGGCUGGGAGGACCUCUUGAGACGCUGCAUUCAGAUGUUUCUCCAGCACAGCGAUGGACAGCCCUGGUCUCACAAACGGCACUAUCAUGAAGCCUUCCUGCAGGGCCAUGCAGAGACUCCCCUGUACAGGUUUUCUCUGUCAGACGGGACUCCAGUCACAGCCCAAACCAAGAGCAAACUGUACCGCCACCCCAUGAGCAACGAACCACAGGGCUUUAUCUCCACACACCUGCUGCAGAGGGAACCAAAUGGGUACCGCUCAAAUCAAGGUGGUAACAUGAUGCCUAACACCAUGAGACAGCAGAGUAUGGGUGGGCCUAACCCAAAUGCCCAGAUGACCAUGAACCCUAGCGCAGGAAUGGCCAUGGGUGGGAUGGGUAACAUGAACAGAGGAUACGGGAUGAACGACCCUAACCACAUGGGUCCUAUGGGUGCAAUGGGGGGCGGGGGUAUGUACGGAUCUAACAGCGGAGGAGGUGGAGGAGGGAUGGGUAACAGAAUGAUGCAGAUGAAUCAGAUGAACCCGAUGGGACCCAUGAACCACCCCGGACAGGGCAUGUCGCAGCAGCCCCCCUUUCAGAGCAGUGGGGGGUUUGGUCUGAGCGGUAUGAACAGUCCGUCAGGUAGCCCCCGAAUGAGCGGACCUCAACAAGGACUUCUCAUGUCCCCACGGACCAGAGGCAGCCCAAAGAUGGGAGCCAACCAGUUCUCACCUGGAGGCUUACACUCCCCCAUGGGCUCUCUUGGCAACAGUGGAGGCACUAGCAGCACGACCACCUUCUCCAGCAGUUCUCUCAACGCACUUCAAGCCAUCAGUGAAGGAGUAGGGAGCUCGCUGCCCUCAACUUUAACCUCUCCUUCGCCCUCUCACAAAUCCGACAGCUCUCCUAGUGUGCACUCCUCUUCAUCCCAGCCCCCUCAGCUGGCCAAACCAGGUCCUGAUGGGUCCAAAAGUCCAGUGGGCGGUCUAGGGUCUGCACCAGACCACCAUCACCCCAUGCACCACCAUCAUCACCAUCAGCAGCACUCACAGGCCGAAGGUUCUACAGAGCGCCCAGACAGCCAGGCAGCUAAAGAGGGCGGGGAUACAGGAGGUGAGGGCGGAGUUGGUAGCUCUGAACCUCAACGCAGGGUCCCUGAUAGUAAGGGACACAAGAAGCUACUGCAGUUACUCACCUCUCCGACAGAAGAGCUGGGACUUGGUGCAACUGGACCCGCAAUCCCACCCCCUCCUGUUCGUAGCUCCACUCCUGCAGACACUAAGGACCCCACUGCAGGCAUGACAAGCCCCUCUUCAACUGGGGUGUCCUCUUCCUCUUCCUCAGCCACUCCCAACCCAGGACAAAGUGGUCCAGGUGCCGGAUCUGCAUCGCUGUCCUCUGCUCAUUACACAGGGUCUCUACAAGAAAAGCACAGGAUUCUGCACAAGCUACUUCAAAAUGGCAAUACUCCGGAUGAGGUGGCAAAGAUUACAGCUGAGGCGACAGGUAAAGUGACAUUGGGUGGAGGGCAGGAGGCAGGUGAGGCAGGUGCGACAGGGACAGGGACAGGUGCUGCGAUGCUGACGGAGCCCAAACAAGAACAACACAGUCCAAAGAAGGAGAAGACCCAUGCUCUGCUACACUACCUGCUGAACAAGGACGACUCCAAAGAACCUCCAGAUGUGAAGCCCAAACUGGAGGAUCUGGAGGGGAAGGGUCCUGCAGGGGCUGGGGCCAACAGGUGUGGAGGUGGCCCUGCUCCAGAUCUGCCCGAGAGCAAGAUCAAGUCUGAACCACCUGAUGAGCUUCAUAACCUGGAGUCCAUCUUGGGAGAUCUGAGAGGGUCAGGCUCUGACUAUUACCCUGAUCAGACAGGAGCCGGAGCCAGCGACACAGGAAACAAGGGUUGCCUUGACGACGGUCUGCAGGGGAGUCCUGGGCUGGGUCUGGGGUCUCGGGGGCAGUUCCAGAGGGCUCUGUCUCUGGAUGGAAAGCCCGCGGCAGGGAGACGGCCAAUGCUCAUCAAACAAGAGAACGUGAUGGGCAGCCCCGACAGCUUCCCUGGAAAUAUGGGACCUAUGAACAGGGGCUCGAUGCCGCAGAGGUCACCCAUGGGUGGGUCUGGGGACUGGGGAAUGCCCGGUCCCAAUGCCAGUCCAGUUGGAGCAACGGGACACCCCUCUAUGAUGCGCCCGGGCAUGGACUACAACAGUAAGGCCAUGAUGGGAGGGCCUAUGGGGAGUCGCUCCAACAGCCUGCCAGGGGCCCGCUCCAUGCUACAACAGCAGCUCAUGGAUAUGGGUGGAUCUGGGGAGAUGGGAAUGAGCCCCUUUAGCCAACAGGGACAGCCCAGUCAGUCCCCCUCAUGGCCCGACUCUAUGAUGGGCAUGGAUGGUAACCGGCGUCCAUUUGGAAACUCUUUGGAUGAUUUACUGGUGCCUCCGUCGACCAGUGAAGGUCAAAACGAUGAACGCUCGCUCCUGGAUCAGCUCGACUCUCUGCUCAACAACACAGACGGCAUUGCGCUGGAGGAGAUAGACCGCGCCCUGGGCAUCCCCGACCUUGUCAGCCAGAACCAGGGAUCAGAGCAGCCCCUUGAACCUUUCCCCGGGCAGGACCCUUCCAUGCUCCUGGAGCAGAAGUCUCUCUAUGGCCAAGGCUAUCCUGGACCUCCUGCAAUGCCGAUGCAGUCUGGGUAUGGAGGCAACCCCAUGCAAGGCCAGUCUCAACAGGGCGGGUUUGGGCCCAUGCUCUCUCAGAUGGGGCAGGGGGGCAGCUUCCCAGGGAUGGGCGGCAUGGGGAGCAUGGGGCAUCCUCGGGCGAACAUGAUGAGACCCAGAAUGAUGAGUGCCAAUAAACCGAUGAGGCUGCAGCUUCAGCAGAGGCUACAGGGCCAACAGUUUAUGAAUCAGACACGACAAGGCAUGGCCAUGAAGAUGGAAAACCCAGGGGGAAACCCAGGAAUGAGGCCUGGUAUGCAGCCGGGCAUGGGAGGACAGCCUGGGUUUGUGAACGCUCAGAUGAUGGCUCAGCGCAGCAGGGAGAUGGUGUCACUGCAGAUGAAGAAGCAGAGGAUGAUGAUGCUGAUGCAGCAGCAGCAGGCCGCUGCAGCCGGAGGCUUCAGUCCUCCUCCAAAUGUCACGGCCCCUGGGGGCAUGGACAGCCCCAUGGGGGGGCCGAGCAUGGGCCAGCCAGGCCCACAGCAGUUUGGCUAUGGGGGAAACUAUGGUAUGGGCCAGCAGCCAGAGGCUUCAUUUGGCCCCAAUGGAAGUCCUCCUAAUGCCAUGAUGGGAGGACGUAUGGGCCCUCAGAACCCCAUGAUGCAGCAGCAGAGCAGCCACAUGUACCAGGGCCAGGACAUGAAGGGCUGGGCUCAGGGGGGCAUGGGGCGCAACAGCUCGUACCCUCAGCAGCAGUUUGCGCAGCACGGUGGCCCGGGGCAGCAGCAGUACGGGGGCAUGAUGAUGAACGGGGGCAUGUCCUCAGGAGGGGCAGGGCACAUGGGGCAGAUGGGGGGGCAUAUGGGUAUGAACCCUAUGGUCAUGGGACGCAUGCCUAUGGGGCCUGAUCAGAAAUAUUGCUGAAUGACAGAAGCAGUCCAAUGAGAGGUGACACAUGUGCAGUAUAGGAUUGAAAUUCCCACUGUCUGGGGGAUGUUUGACUCAGUGGCCAGUAGAGGCAGUAUUGCCACCAGAAUAAAACUGUCUUAAAAGAAGCCUAUACAAUCACAUCACAACUUACACUGUGAGACAUUUUCCUUCAAAAACUCGUGUCUCCUUUUACAAGGGGUGUGGCCUCAGCUAAAACGCACCUCCUAUUGGACCAAACCAAGAGUGACCCCUGGGACAUUGUUCAUAAUGUAAGGCUCUUGUCUGUGGAAUGUACCACUCUUGUAUCUAUGGGUCUCCGCUGCAGUUGUACAGUUUGUGCAGUAACAUGUUGUAGAUGCGUCCGAUUGUGACACAUUGAUGAAUGUCAUUACGCAGUAGCACAUAGUUGUGUUCUUCAGCUGAAGUACAACUCGACCUGUCGUUGGCUCCAUGCACUUUAACACAAGGCCAACACCUAAAGGAUUGUGGCAAUACAGAGGCCUUCUCCACAAACUCUGUGUAAUGUGUCUGUGUCUCCCUUUUCAAACAGGCGCUGUUGAUCGAAUGAGAGGAUUUUAACGUUUUUAAAGUGGGAGCCAUGUUGGAAAGGUAUUAGAUAUGCUGUAGUCAUAAAAGGAUUAUUGUAAUACAAAUGUUUAAAUUUAUUUAUUUUACGUAUUUGGUAAAAGAUGAAGUCAAUCUGGGUACUUAAAAAUGAAAUUGUGCAGACAAACACAUAAAGACUAAAACAGUUCUAUUUUGAAUCAAGCACAUUAUAAUGUUAUAAAGAGCCUGUAAUUGGAUUUUAUCAAUGAACAUAGCUUCUGAUACAUUCUCUGAUCUUAUGGUACUGCAGUAUUAAAAUAUGAUGUCUUGUUUGGAGCGGUCAUCUGUAAAUAAGAAUUGUAUAUACAUGCUCAAAAUGUAUUAUAAAUAUAUAUUAUAUAAAUAUAAAUAUAUAUAUGCUUUUGUAGGUUGCAUUCUGUUUUUGCAGAUUGCAAGGCUUGAUAUUUAAAAGUGUAAUUUUUUAUUCUCAUAGGUCAGCUUUUAUUUUCAAUACUUCUUCAACCAUUGGUGUGAACGGUUCUGCCUCCAUUGUAAUCUGUCCAGAGCUAUCCAAGCACUUUUUUAAAUUAUUGUUUCCCGUGCAGUCUUAGAUGCAGAGGUGCUAAUGAGUCUACAGGUGCUGGAUCUGCGGCUUUCUUUCAUACAUAAAUAUUCAUAAAUUUGACUUAUGUCAAUGUUAAACGCUGGUUAACACAACACAUGAAAUACAUAAUAUUUUAAUGACAUAUAACUUUGCCUUUUUCUGUCCUGACAAUAUGCUCAACCCAAAGAUCUUCAUUUGCUUCUUGUAGAUAUGUUCAAACAUGCUUUUACCAUUGCACAUAACUCUAUAUGAAAUGUUAAAAUGUUAUUAUAUUUCCAUUCAUGUAGCAUAUAGUCUGGUUUUGCUCAGAUGGCUAACUCGAGGACAGUUCACUUUUGGUGCUGCCGAAUGUGUCUAAGCUUAAAAUGGAGGUUAAAUCAUGUCAUUGCAUCACUGCUUAACUACAAUAACUUUGUUUUUCUCCUCAGUUUCAAAAAUACAUCUGAAAAUAAUGUAAAACCAACCAUUUUUGCUUUAAAACAAGUGCAUUGUUCAAUAUGAAGAAGAGACAUCUGUGUAACAUUGUCAUUACAGGAUUAAAAUAUGAAUGCAUUUUUCUUAACCCGUUCCUCGAUGUUAAUAUCAUUGUAAAUAUAAAUUUAUAUUUAAACAUUA